AUGGCACAACGCAUUGAUGUGCAUCAUCACUAUAUCCCCCCUGCCUAUUUGCAAGCCCUUGAAAAAGCUGGUGGUGAUCCCUCCGGAUGGCCUACGCCUGCGUGGUCCCUUGACAUGGACCAAAAGAUUUGCAAUGAUUGUGAUAUUGGAACAGCAAUUUUAUCCGUGACUGCUCCCGGUACUGGAAUUCUCAAGGGAGCUGAGGCUGCCCGUCUUGCCAGGGAAUGCAAUGAGUUUGGACAGGCUCUGAGAGAGAAAUACCCUAAAAAUUACGGGUUCUUUGCUACGCUGCCGGAUAUUCUUGAUACUGAGGCUACUCUGAAGGAAAUUCAGUAUGCUUUUGAUCAUCUUCAAGCUGAUGGUGUUACUCUCUUUACCCGUUAUGGCAACGGCAAUUAUUACUUAGGACAUCCUGCUAUCCAGCCUAUCUGGGAAGAACUGAACCGACGUGCCGCAGUGGUAUUUGUUCACCCGACUCAUCCGGUGGACACCAAUCUGGUCAACAAAAUGCUUCCCCAGCCUAUGAUUGAUUAUCCACAUGAAACAACUCGCACGGCUGUUGAUCUUAUUACCACCGAUACCGUCCGAAAGUAUAAUAAAUGCAAGAUUAUCUUGUCUCAUGCUGGUGGAAAUCUGCCUUGGCUGGCAAGACGUCCCGCAAUCAUGUUAAAAGAUCUCAAUCUAUCAAACAUGACGCCUGAAUAUUUUAUAGAGAACGCCCGAAUGUUUUACUAUGAUUUGGCCCUGACAGAUUCCUCAUUCGCGCUGCCUCUCCUCCAGAGAUUUGCUCCUUCUGAUCAUAUUCUUUUUGGAAGUGACUUCCCGUAUGCCCCUGACGCUACUGUUAGGCGUUUUAGCAAGGAGCUGAGUGAGGCUAAGCUCUCACAACAAGAUGCAGAGAAGAUCAACCGGGAAAACGCCCUCAAACUAUUCCCUCGCCUUUCCUCUCAGUGA